GAACCCUUGAGGAAAUUUUGUCAUUGUGGUGAUUAAGGUGGUGGUUACCUUGAGUGUUUUCGCCUCUCUAUUAGUCUGGCAUUGUUUAUUUUAUCUAUUCAGUUAAUUAAUUAGCUGUUAGAUAUUUAGAUACUCACGCGUGUGACAUUCUGUUCCGAAUUCAAAUUUCAUAAACCACUUGAGGAAAGGAAAACCGACAAAUUGAAUAAAUAAGAAGAAAGUGGACAAUUUUCACUCCAGCUGGACACGCCGGGAUUCGAACCAAGACCAUUCGGACAACAAACUAAAGCUGCGCCAAACUCUGGACGUCUUUUCAGUGAGUCGCCGGGAAAGGAGGAAAGAAAACGGGAAGUUAUAAGGAAAUUGAUUCAGUAUUGCGCGCUGCUCCGAAAGAGAAUCGAAGCUACAAACCAGAUAGCGUAAAGGUGGAGACUGCUGUACCCGUUCCUCCUCUUCCUCCUCUUGCUCCUGCUCCAGCACCAUCAGCAGCACACUUCACACAACCCGCAGCUUCCUCCUUUCACUGAAUAUCUGUCCAGGGACCACAACAACAAGCUGCGUCCCCACUUCUGUCCUCGUUACUCCUCCUCCUCUUCCUCCUCCUGGUACUUCUCACACACCAGACCCCCUUCCCUUCCCUUCCCUUCUGCGUCUAGUUUCCAGGCAAGGGAAGCACGACUAGAUGGGAAAGGAGCAACGGAGAACCAGACUCGUUCCACUACUCCCGCUUCUCCCUCGGCUCCCGGGAACGUGUUGCGGAUUGCGUUGCCGAUACCUUGGAUGCUUCUAUACAGGUCGACCUGGCCGCUGACGUGAUCACGUAUGACUCCGACGACGAGGGUGACACUCCCAGCAGGAUGUCCGGGCGGCGGCGGGGUGCUGGUGGAGGCGAGGGCGGCGGGGCGGGCGGCGUGGCUCGGAAUAAGCGAGGGACGCCUAUGUACUCCCGCGAGGACAUUAGGGAACAGUACUGCAUCAACGACAAGGAACUGCACGCCCUUGAGGCAUCCCGAAGGAAGCCCAUCUUCGGCUGUUUGACCUCGGGGAACACUCAGGCGUCCCCUUGCAAGAAGAAGAGCCUGCUCCCUGCCUGUCUCCGUGGGCGUGUUCCUUCCGACGAGAACGUGUACAGUAAGAGCCAGUCCGCCCACACCUCGCCCGCCCACCGCUCAGCCUCCCGGGGACAGCACCAGCAGCAGGAUGGAAUAGACUACGAGGAUGAGAGUUAUUUCAAGCGACGACCCAAGACAAUCUGCUACACCGACCCGCGACGACUGUCCACUCUCGACGACACGCUAGCCAAGAGUGGCCGCGUCUCCCGCCCCCGCUCUGAGGUGUCGUCAGAGGGCCACGACUCCCGCCAGACCGACGAGGGACCUACCGACCCUUCCCGACGACCCACACAGCUACCACUCUCCUCCGGCGGCCCUCACUCAGGCGCGCCGCCCCCAGAAGACCGCGCUAGGGAAGGCUACACCCAGCAGCGGUCCGCCUUCACGCAGCCCAACACCCCCGACCUGGGCCACUCCUCCCGCUUCAGGCCUCCCGCGGGGCAUGAAGGAUUCCCCGACGACCGACCGCAGGGGCAGAAACACGUCAGCUUCCAAAAGUUCAUGAGUCGAUCCUUGACGGAGGGUCGCCUGGAGGAGAAAGGGCUGGACGAGAGCGAGGGGCGGGCAGGCUGCAGAGGAACAGGGGAGUCCAGGAGCCAUGAAAGACUGCUGGACGCCCGACGCUCGCCAGAUUAUCUAGAACAACGUGCCCUCGACCAGCUCCUGGCGCCCGUGCUCACCAAGGCUCUCCUGCAAGACCCAGGACACAAGAAACACAGAAAACAGUCUCAGGAGGUCUCCAAGAGGUCAGGGGGUCAAGAGGGCAACUCAGAGGCAGGGCGAAGGUCGCACUCCGCCACGCCGUCCAUGAAGAGGAAGGGAAAGGAAAAGAAAACAAUCGCAAUUCAGACGGAGGCGCUGGAGGAAAUGGAGGAUCCGCAAGGGGAGAGAGGGCGGGAUGAGGGAGGGGGGCAGGACCCACCGAGUGAAAAGGCAACAAAGCGCCAAAAGAAAAAGAAAAAAGUUACAUCACCCACUGAAGAACCUAAAAAAUCACACAAGGAGACCGUCCACUUUAGCGACCAACAGGAACCGCCCCCGAAACAGCCAGUUUGCAAACCUGAUAGACCCACGAAGCCCAGGAGUCCCAGAGGCACCUCUAAGAAGCAAGAACAAAAGGAUGGCGACGAACAAACUCGUCCCACCACAAAGGGGGUGUUGAAAUCUCCGUCUUCCACCAGCAAGGUGUCCAUGGCUAUACAGACAGACGUAGAGACACCGCUUGUGUUGUUUGAUGACCCUUGCUUCCCGCCAGAAGAGCUGGACACAAGCACCGACUGGCAGGGGGAAGAGAGCUCCGUAGAGUGGCACACAAGCGCCAGCUCUCUUGCUUGGCACACUGACGGAAGCUCCUUCGCCUGGCAGCCUAACGUCAGCUCCUCCAGCAGACUGGCCGAUGUCACUUACCCUGGCUUCAGGACAGACUUCAGUCCUUUCCCUACGGACUCUCGUGAAGGAAGUGAUGACGAGGAAUGUUCGCACUUCGAUUUUUUCAACAAGUGGAAAUCCGCUGGAGAUCGUGAGGGAACGGCGUCAGCUGCUUCGGGGGACACAGGCCGAGGAGGCAGGAGUCACUCAUCCCACAAGACUUCGGAAGUUUCUGAUGACCGAAAGUCUGCCAGUAAAAAGAAAGAACUAGAAAGCAGCAAGAAAGAAACAGUGCAAGGAAGCCAGAAGAGCAAUCCCAAAUUAAAGGAUCAAGGCAGUGACAGGCUUAGGGAAACGAAGGAAGACAAUUACGAUCCAGAAGUGCUUGCUCGUAGACUUCGAUUCCGUCGACAGAUGGCGGAGGAAUUCCUACAGCCAGGCGCCGCAGGGGAGGCCAGCACUCUGCCGCUCGGGGAGAGAAGUGGCCAGUCCGGCGCAGCUCUCAGUUCCACCAACAUAGCCUCCACAUUUCCCAGGAAUCAUGAAAAGACACCUAAAUCUUCCAAGACUCCUGGUUUUUCUCCCGAGUCUCAUGGUAGAAAGGAAAGCAGACUUCAGGUGGAGAGUAAUCGGACGUGGCCAAAACGAUCGGUUGAUUCAGAAAGAUCUGAUGACAUAGACCUGAGAGCACUGGACGCCAUUCGUGACACUCGGUUAUACGAUCGUUCCAGAGCAACCGAACGGAAUCCUGUGCACAAAACGAGUCACCUUCAAAUCAAUCUCGUUUAUCCAAGUAGCCAGGCCAAGGGGCACACUGGUGAGGCCGAGGGUGGUGAGAAUAAGAAUCGUGUCCAGUUCUUUAGCACCAAUCAACCAGAAGUGGCGCACGACCAGCGAGAGCGGGACGUUGCUGCUCGGCGUGUUAACAUCACCGUCACUCCUCCAUCACAGGAGAGGAAAAAGCCACCACAAACCGAAAUUUCUGACGAGUAUCCAAGAAGUGACACGGACAUGAAGCCUACUCCUCCUGGCAAGAAAGGCUCCUCCAGGGGAGAAGGCAGCAAGAGCGUCCAGAGGAAGAAAAAGAGCAGCCAGAAGGACCAAACUGACGUGACCUCUGCCGCAAAACUAGCGAAACCUCAGGAAGUGAAGGAGAUCGCGGUCGAGCAGCCCAAAGUGAGACCGGGGAUUCUCAGAAAGCACAACCUGAAUCCCACCACUUGCUACACCACCGACACCAGUUCCACCGUAACCAACACUGACUCUGUGGGGCGGCGGGUGCGGCGGGUCAAGAAAAAGACUAUGGCCAUACAGACCGAGCAGUGCGACAGCGUCAUUCCUGAGCAAAGGGAAGAAACACAAGACGCACCAAGAAGUGCAAGAGACGAAGGUGCAGAUGAGGCAAGACGACGGAAGGAGUUGCCUGCACUUGCAUCCUCUGUAGCAAAAGAAAAUGAAGCAUCAAGAGAAAACAAGAGUCCCGCGGCGACACCCACCACGUCAUUGCGCCGAAAGAAAAACGUGCCACAAAAGUCUAUGUGUAUUCAGGCAGAUUAUUCCCUCGAUAAUCCUGAUAGUGAGCCUGCGACGUCCAUGCAACACUCUCGAGAGGGUCACAAGUUGACAUGGGGUAAAGGCGUAGUUUCUCAUCCUUCAACAGCCCUUCAGGAUGACUUGAAUCCCAAGAUGGCGUCUUUAGAGAAACGCCGGGCGAGCGAAAAGAGGACUGUAGAGGACGGGAGCAACAAGCACGAUGUUGCCGCCUCCACUACACACAGUAAUACCAGCUCACUGCGGCGUGUGAGGAAAGUAAGGAAGACCACCGCCACCACGCAGACCGACGAUUCUCCUUUGGACAAGCCAGGUUCGCCACGACCUUCUGACGCGCUGGAAACGGUGUCAGUCUGCACAGCUUCCCUAAGGCGCAUAAGGAAAGUUGAGAAACGAACAGUGUCGCAGCAGACGGAUGAGGUGAUUCCAGUGAAUUAUCAGAUAUUUAGUCCUUCCGUCGCUCGAAUACAUGUCCCUGAAACAGAGGGACUGCGGCCGCCCGCCAAUUUAAGCGCGUCCCGUCCGUCAGGGUCACUCAUCUACGUGAACAUUCCUGGGGCGCUGCUUGAGAUGGAGUCUGGGAAUGACGCGGAUGUGAGCGACGCGGAGAGCGAGACAAAGAGUAAGAGUAAUAAGAGUAUGUGUCCGAUGGUGGCUUACGGAAAGGGUUUUGCGAGGAGAAUCGGUGACGAGGACGAGUAUGAGUCUUAUCCGGAAGUGCAGGAGGACGCGUGGGCGGCCGCUGCUGCCUACAUGCCUUCUGAGCCUCCGGUGGUAGAGAGUCGGUGUGUGCUGAACAUUUCCCGCUUGAACAUUAGCUACGGCAUAGAGCGAGAGAUACAGAUACAGGAGCCUGACGGGGAGAGUGACCGUGAGGGGGAAAGCGGCGCCCCUGAUGGUGAAAGUGACGGUGAUCUGAUUGGUGCUCCUGAUGGUGAAAGUGAUGGUGAGGGAGACCAUGUGUUAGUCCAAGCCGGUGAAAGUGAUGAUGGUGACGCGCUUGUAUCCCGCGAUGAUGACAAUAGCGGCGCCCCGGAUGGUGAAAGUGACCAUGAGGGUGACUUAAGUACCCACGUAGGUGAAGAUGAGGAGGACACUGCCUCGAAUCUUGUUGAAGGGAACGAAAAUGAAGAUUACAUUGGUGCUCCUGAUGGUGAAAGUGAUCACGAGUCGGGUCAGACAGGCCUCACCGGCAGUGGAAGUGACAUUAUUUUGCUGGUGAAUCCUUAUGACCACUACUCGGCGAAUGAAAGUGACGAUCAGGAUUCUGGCAGCGGGAUAAGAGUAAGGGACGUGAGCUGCAUGACAAGUAAUCCGCCAACCUCAUGUUCUGAAGGUGAAGUGGACCCUGAUGAGGAGACGGAAGAAAGUGACGCUGUUUUUGACCUUUACCAAGUUCAUUGUCGCUUGAAGGAAGAUGACAGUGAGAGUGACGACUUUGUGUACGACCCUGUGUUCUACUUUGGCGGGGUGGGUCACGCAAGGGAAGAUGAACGACUCGGCAGAGGCCUGGGAAGGGAAGACGAUGUGGGGAGACGUGCCGAAGUGGACAGUGAUGACACGAGAAAGGAAGAAGACAAAGGAGGUAAAAGUGACGUUGAAAAAAACGUCAUGCAAGUCCCGCAGUUUGACGCGAAACUAAAAAGCAGUGACAACGAAAGUGACACUAAAAUGAGGGAAAAUCUAACAGUGAAAGGUGGCGAGAUAAGUGAAAGUGAUGAGGAUGUGAUAAUGAGGGGAAUUGGUGCGUUUUAUGUGACUCACCACCAGAGCUCCUCCGAUGGUCCGGAAAACAUUAGAGCAGUGGAGGAGACGAGGAGUCAGAGGAAAGAGGAGGAGGCUGAGAAAAGUGUGAAAGAGAAGGAUAAGUCUAUGGAGAAACCAGAAGAGGAGGAAGGUACUCCAGCAGUUAACGUAAUGAAAAGUGAAGUUGGGAAAACCUUUAGGGAAAACAGAAGUGAGGGAAGUAUGGACGCUGGAGAUAUUAAAGUUGAGACAUCAGGGAGGAAUAAAGGGAAGGAACCAGCAAACGUUGAGAAAGAGACAGACACUCGACUCACUGGGGAAGAUAAGGGCAAGAGAAAGAGAAUCAGUAGAAGCAUCAAGGGAAAAAGACACGAUAGAGGCAAGGAAAGUGAAGCCAGUGAUGGAGGGAGAGACGAGGAGAGCUCAGACAGUAAAGAAUACCCCUGCAGUUGUCAAAAAACUAAAGGAAACAACCCAGAGAACGUUAGCGAGCAAAUGACAUUAGCUAGAAAUCGCGUGAAAGUAGAAACUAAACAUUCCACCAGUGUUUCAAAUAUUACGUUGCUGCCUCACGCCCUUGCUAGCUCAGAGGAUAUUGCUUCUUAUACCUCCUCUUCUCCCUCCAUCCCUUCACUGUCCCCGCCUCCGCCCGUGCCUUCCAAUCCAUCGCACGGUAGCCAAAGACGGAGAGAGGAUCGGGACAGAACCACCGCGGCCCUUGGGAGAAAGCACAGUGCGAGGAGGAAGGGGAGGGAGAACCAGACCAAGAGGCGGGGCUUCGUAGGCUGUGACGUCAUCAUAUCCCCAGAGCCUUACGCAGGUGAACCCUCCGUCAGGCAGGUGCUGGACGAUUCCCCGGGGCGUUCCUUAGUGGGUGAAGUGACCGGGAGGGGGGCCGAGCAAGAACCUUCAAUUGUAGACGACCUGAGGGACUUGAGCAAAGGCCUGGCAGGGGAGAAAGAUCCGAGUGAGGUCGGAGAGGAAUCGACAGGAGGAAGUGAGGAAUGCGGUGUUUUCAGGAAGUUUGAUAGUGAUGUGAGGGAUGAUACAGCGGGUGUUGGGGAGGAAGCGACAGAUAUAGGAGAAAUUACAGCUUUGAGCGAAGAUGGGAGGGAAGAGGAGGCAAAUCUGGAGAACACAACAGGUACUGAAGACGAGGGAUGUGUGGGGGAUGACGCGACAGGUGUAGAAGAAACAGGUAUGGAUGAUGGUUUGACAGGUGUAGGGCAUGACUCACUAGAUACAGACAAUAAGACAGGUACGGAGCAGGACCAGACAGGUAUCGGUCAAGAUGAAAUAGGUGUGCAGGACGUAACACCUGCGGAGGUUGAUGCGGCAGAUGUGACGGAUCAAACAGAUGCGAAAGAAAACGCGAGAAUAUCCAAAGACACACCUGAGAGGAAAGAAAACGUAGCAAAGGUCGUGAGGAAAGAAAAACGGUGCAGUGAACCUGUUGAUGAUACUCGAACUCCACCAGCAUCUCUUCACAGACACAAAGAAGGAGAGGAGGAGGAAGCAAGACAAAAUAAUCGUCCUCAGGAAAAAGACAAUAGAAAAAAAAUGGAUCUCGUCCAUCCAUCUCCUCCUCCACCUUCUACUUUUCCACCUGUUCUUCCUCGUAUUUCUUCUCCCUCUCCUUCCCCUCCUCCUCCUCCAUAUUCUCCUCCGCCUUUUCCGCCUCCUCCACCUGUUCCCCCUCGCUCUUCCCCUCUAUCUCCUCCUCCACUUCCUCCUCCGCCACCAGAGAGAGACAAGGUGAAUGAAAGCGUAGAAAACUUAGAACCUGCUGAAGACAUAGAGGAAAAUAAAAGAAUCAGAAGCGCUCAGAAUGAAAAUGAAGGAAGAGGACGAGAGGAGGAGGAAUAUCCACGCCCGGAGACACAAAAAAAAGAGGAAGAGGUAACUGAUGAAAACUAUCACAACGCCUCAGAAAUUGACACUGACCGGAGGAUACAAGAGACCGAUGUUGCUAGUGAAGCCCCGAGAACAUUGAUGUUGGAAGACACGGAAGGGAAGGAAGACGCGAGAGGUGACAAGGAAAAAGAGGUGAGGGAAAGAAAAGAUGAGGAAACGAGUGGAAAGAGAAAUGAACAUGCAAAGGAAGAGGAGAAGGAAGGGAAGGAGGAAGAAAAAGUUAAAGAGGAAGAAGAUGGAAUGAGUAGUACAGAUGAUAAUGAUAAAGGGAACGAAGGGAAGAGGAGGACAAUGGAGGAACAGGAAAAUAACGUAAUGGAUAAUAAAGAAAUGGAAAAGAAAGUGAUGGAUGAUGAUGAGAGUUUGGAAGGCCGCAGCAGUGUUUUGGAAGAUGAAAUGACCAUGGGAAAAAGGAAACAAAAAGAGGAAACGCCAGAGGAAGGAGGUGCGACGGAGAGAAAGGUGGCGGAAGAGGAAGGGAAAGAGAAAAGGGAGGAGAGAAAUGAAGGAGAAAAUGAAAAGGUAGCUGAAAAAGAGGCUUAUCUUAAGAAAAAAGCUACGCAAGAAGAAAAAACUGCAGGUAUGGAUGAGAAAGACAUAGAGAACAAAUACACCACUGGAAAUUGUAACGAAGAAGAGGAAGAAGGAAAUGACGAUACAAAGGAGGAAGAUAUUGAGGAAAAUGAUCGAAACUUGGGUGAAGGUGAAAUGAAAGCUCUGGCAGAAGAUUUUGAAGAAGAUUACUGGGAUUUUAUGGAGAAGAAAGCCACCUUAGCAUCCUUCGAUCUGGGGCCAACCUUCAGUGAGGACGACGACGUGGUGGUCAUUACGUACAGAAAACCAGGUGAGGGCAAGGACAAGAAGGACACGGACGAGAGCACAAAGCACAUAAAAGCAGAGGGUGCCGAGGGCGAGGUAGCACAAGAGAGGACAGGGGCGUUUAAACAUAGCGAGCAUCCCAGCAGUCCUGACACAGUUGACUCCAGACAGGCAAACUGUGGACAGGAUUGUAAGAGAGGCGUUGAAAGAGACGCACCGAAGACGAUGGAGGGAAGGCAGGAGAAGGAGGGGUGGAAGCGGCCACGAAAGCCCCGAAAUAGGAAACCUCAGGAAGGGAAGGCAGUAGAAAGGCAAGGCAAUGUUGAGAGAAGACAAGGCAACGGAGAGAGACGUCCAGAGCUUGAUGACGAGAGAGGUGCUGUUCCCCGAGAAGCGAGGAGAAGAAGACGAAGACCGAGAACGAGGAAGCACUUCAAAAAGACAGGAGGGGAAGGUAAACAAACUCCUAAAGAGGCAGAGGAAUCGCAGAUUGAAGUUAAAAAUGUUGGAGAGAUCCAGAACCAAAAUGCUGCAAAUCAAAUGCAAAAAGCAAUUCCAAAAAAGGAAAAAAUCCACAGUAAGCAAACAAACGUAACGGUGAAUCCCCAAGAUGAAGGGCGCUCUCAAAGCCAUGGUGUGGCGGCAGAGAGGCACAACAAGACCCAGGAGGAAACGUCUCGCGUAUCAAAAAACGAAAAACAGUUGAGAACCCGACUGUGGGUGGACGAGGUGGACGAGGACGGGGAGUGGGGCGCCGAGCAGGGGGCGGUGGGGGGAGGAGAGAGUGUGACCGAGUCCUCCGUGUCGGGGACGGCGACAGAGGACGACGCUUCCUAUUAUGAGGAGGACGAGAGCGAGGAGGUGGGCGAGGGAGGGGGGGAGCAGGACGCCUUGGAGGAGUACAUGAUGCUGCGUGAGGGCGACUGUUUGGAGGAGAUGCUCGCCGCGGACCUCAUCUUCAGUGACGUGUUCCAAGGCUACGCAGACGCCGAUGUGAUGACAGACGGGUCACUGGGAGCCGAAGAGGAAUGUGAGGCUCGCCUGGGGCUUGACAAUCUGCUCCCCGCCGUGACCCCGCCAGCCGGCACUGACACCUCGGUAGAGCGCCCUGACCCAGCCUCUCGUGGAGUGGGUCAUGACCUCCUCAGUGUCGGAAGUGACCAUGUAGCUGACCGGGUCGCCCAAGCCUCAGAGAGGGCGGGAGGCGAGGAAGCCUCGCAGGAUGACAGCUCUCGGGCAGGGGAGGCGGGAGGCCAUUUAAAAGAAAAGCUGAAGCGGUCUUGCAUGAGGACCCAAGCCACGCAGACCGACGUCGGGGUGGUGAGGAAGUCCCUGCCUCAUCUGCCGCUCAGUCCUGCCGAGGAGAAGGCUGAGAUGAUCUCCCAGGGAGCUCAGACCAACGGCGACGGCGGGCGACGAAAGCUGGUGAAGAGCCUGUCAGAAGUGGCGCGGUACGAGGGUCUCCAGUACGAGAUCUACGACCUAGACGACCUUUACUAUCCACAGGAGCAGCCCUCGCUCGCCCGAACCUUGUCUGACGGUCCCCCGCCCUGUCCCCCAAGGUUUUCUACCUAUGACAUCCCCCUAGAUGAAGGACCCCCGCCCCCUCCCCCUCUAAAGUUUCGGCAGAAUUACGACGAGAUAUUUGAUGUCUCGCCGCGCAAGCCUCGUCGGGGCCUUCUACAGAAGACGCUGUCAGAGGGCGAGAUACUGUCUGAGCGGCGGAAAGCCCUGAGCAUGGCCUCAGGCUACCUCGAAGUGGACAUAAACGGCUACAGUGACAACGAGGAAGAAGUAAUUGAGCCGCAGUGUGUGGACGAAGUGGCGCGUGACCUCUCCCGCAGCAGGAUAUUCACGCCAGAGUCCUUCAUAGAGGAGGAGGAAGAGUUCCACGAAAAUAUGUUGCACAAGGAAAUUCUACCCAGCCUUUCAUCCUACGAGAGGAAGUUGUCACAAAUAUCUACUGACUCAGAGUUGAAAACAUUCGAUCCAAAUGAAUUUCGCACGGAGGAGCACCUGCGGGGCCAGCUUGUAGCCCUCUCAUUGGACUCCCUGGUGGAGGUAGGGCCCUGCCUCACAGACAGCGGCAGCCAGAUACUUGAAGGAAGCAUUCCCCGCGACAACUCCCCCAUGCUGUGCGCGGGUACACCAAGCGAAAGUGCAGGCGGUGUGGAAUUUGGGGACCACCUCGAGGAGUCUAUGAGUGAAAGUCAGGUGACAGUGCUGCAGAGGGCAGUGGUGCCGUCCUCGCAGAUCAUCACCUCAGACUCUGAGAAUGGCAGCUUCCAUCUAACUGAUCACUCCUCAGCUGCCACUACGCCCUCUACCAGACACAAGAACAUUCACGCUGCUGGCAGCUUCGAGGAAGAUCUAGAGGAUGACUUGCUUCCUCGUCUACGGGUAACGAAUCUCGUCCACAGCACCACAACUCUCUCCUCGAUCGAAGAUGAGCCGACGAGUAUCAGCGAGAACGUGGUUUCAGACAGCUCUCAGGGUCCCGUUACCAACAGCACCACCUCCAGCGAAGUUGACAAAGCCAUUUGUGGCUCAACAGACAAUGAUUACAGCUCAAUACGCAGUGGAGAAUCCAUGACCAUAAAGUCUGAGACAGUAGAGGAAGAAGAAUUUGAAGGUGAAAUUGUGAUUGAGGAAAACAUGAUGGCACGUUUGGUUCAGGAGCUGAAGGGUGGAGAAAUGGCCUACCACAUGCCAAUCAAAAUAGACUUUAGGGACGAUGCACGUCGCCUCGCAUCCCCGGAGUCCGAUUCGUCCAGCAGUCUCUUCACGGAACAGGAAACGUCCAGGAGUCCGGUGUCAGGCACUACGAACACCAUGACCUCCAAGUCCGACCUCUCCCGCACCGACUCUCAUCCAACUGACCAGUCAGAGACCUCAGAAGACUACGUGACUGCCACCGAGAAUAGCAUGCACGACCACGAAGUGCGGCGUAGCUACUUCAUGGAGGAGCGACACGUGUCCUCGCCACCCAGAAUGGAUGACAUCUAUGAGGACGAGGCGCUUACACCAAAGAUCCUCAGCCCUGAGAUGAGUGAUGUACUGGCUGGCUUCCAUGACCAUCACGAGCUCAGUGACAUCGCCGAGGCUGUCAGCAGUGUUGCCAGUGAUUUCGAGACAGCACAAGAUCUCACUUCUCCCGAUGGCGACACCACCACCUCUGCCAGUUAUUAUAUCGACCACUCGCUUGACUCAGAUCCUGGUACUGAGACUAAAGGAAAACCUGAAUUAGCCCCAAAACCCACGCUUUUACCAAAAUCCGACAAAUCGGACAAAAUCUCACCAUCAAGGGAAAGUCUUUUUGAGGCUGAUGAAAUUCCAGGCCAGGACGAUGAGGAAGUGGUGGUGAGGCGGCGGGAAAAGAACUCAGAGGAAAGCAGAACAGGAGCCAUCAAGAAACGGUACUCUGCAGGUAGUAAAGUUGCCAAGGAUGACAACAGGAGAUACUCUAGAUACUUUGAAGAUAAUGACAAGGGUGAGCUGUCCGAGGUGCGUGGGCAGGGUUAUCCAGCCUCCUGGUCCGAAGAAGACAGAGAAAAAGCCAAACAAACCAUGAAGCUCGAUUUUCCUCCAGGAGUAACCAUGUUUGGCGAGGCCCCGGCUUGGACCGACGCUGAUAGUCUCAAAUUAGACGCAGAGAAGAAACUAAGAGUCUUUGAGAAGCCAAAAAAAUCCGUUAAAAUCGAUUUGGCAAGCGUGGAGGACCUUCAGGCAAUGAGAUCCGCGAACGAAACCAUGGCGGAGAAGGACAGCGAAGCCCCGGCAGUCGAGAUGAGGCAGACAAAAGUCAAACACGAUAAGGUGAAGCGGAAGUCCGAGGAGGUGACGACGCCUGGGAUGGUGCGUAGCCCGGCCAUGCACGAGGGGUUCAGAUUGGAGGACUGGACUCCAGUACGUACCCCAGUCACUCCUGAUAGAUCUCUGGAUGUGGAUUCUUCUGAUGAUUCAUAUUCUGAGCCACCCAGACAUCCUCCCAAAGGACGCAGUCCAAGGAGGAGGUCGAAGGACAGUCCUGGAAAGAAAGGUGAAAGCCUCAUUCGUCCUGCAGAAAGUCCUGUGAAGCAAGGGAGUGAGAGGCCAAGCGUAGGAAAACCAACUGGAAAAACUAGGGAAGGUUCUAAAUUUGUUGUGAAGGAGAGUCCAGAAAGAAUAAUGAAACAAAGCCCAAAGCGGCCAGUCCCCCAGCAGCCAAGCCCAGUGAGGGAGAGCCCGGCUAUUAAGACCGAAAAGUCCACCUCACGUCCACUGGAAAUACAACAGCGGCAGAGCCCCACCAGAGUCGUCAAGACUUCAGCCGUGGAGUCUGGAAGGAAGUCUACCGAGAUCACCGAGCCUGCUAAACCUCUCACAGAAACGUCCACGGCGGGAAGGGAGAGCCAAGAUCGACUGAAGCCAGCAGGGCCUGUCACAGGCUACCUGCGGGCUGGAAGCUUAAGCCCUACCUCACGGGAGCGACCGCUGCAGCUGCCAGAGAGCAAAUUACUCACCAUUACACCUUUGAGGGAUUCACAGAGGAGUGUAGAGUCGCUGAGGUCGAUGAGCCCAGGAUCUGAUAACGUAUUUCUGAGCGGGAGCCGAGAGCAGCUGGACGAAGAGCCACGGGCAGGACUUUGUGCACAGUGUGGAGAGAGGCCUGCCUCGCGAGAAGGGCUUCUACGGCCCAACACCGCCGCUGAGGUCACUGGGGAGCGACGACUCUCUGAGAGAGAAAGAGAUACCUCUCGGCAGCGGGCAACGGCCACCCAUCGCGCAAAAUCUGAAGAAAGAGGUUCUUUUUCCAGGGAGUGGGGUACGACCCCCAUCAGUCUGGAGCAGGGAGAUGCACCACGUCAUGACAGCGACGACGACGAGAAGGGUGUGUACCUGGAUCCCUACCGCUCCUGCCCGUGGGUGUACGUGUCACCCGGGGACGAAGCCAAGGUGUGGCGACGGGACGAGGGGUCACCCAUCCCUGUUCCUGUCAGUCUGAGAGUAUCGGGCUUCGAGGAUGACGUCGUCAUCAAAGCUGAUCAAGCCCGAGAGGAACAAACCGCCCCGGAGGAGCCAGCGGCACCAGAUACCGCGCACCCGAAAGAGGAUGGGGAGGCUCAGUCCACCCAACAAGACAGCAACCGCCGUGGGUCGGUGGAGUCAACUUCUAGCGAGAAGGACUUCCGGCGUCGCUAUCAGGCCAUCACCCACCGAAUGGUGCACCGCAAGGCUUCCGUUGAAAUGUAUCGCAGACUGGUGCACGCUGCCUUCCAAUCCGACAAGACGGUGACAGUCAGUCGGGAGUCAGGCGAGUUCGGGUUCCGCAUCCACGGGUCCCGGCCUGUGGUGGUGUCUGCCAUCGAGCCCGACACUCCCGCAGAGACGUCAGGCCUCGAGGUAGGCGACAUCAUCCUCAGCAUCAAUGGAAGCAACGUUCUCGACUCUUCCCACUCUGAGGUGGUGAGGCUGGCCCACGCCGGUUGUGACACCCUGCGGUUGGAAGUAGCGCGUACCUGUGAUGUGUUGACACCCCUGGUGACGCAAGACCCUACGCCCUUCUGUGCUGGCUACCUAUAUAAAUUAGGGAGUGCUCAACACGCAGCUGGUGCUCCUGCAAUUGUCAGGAAGUGGCACAGAAGGUGGUUUGUCCUUAAGAAGGACCACUGUCUCUACUACUAUAAGUCAGAAAUGGAACAACAUCCUCUGGGUGCAGUACACUUGCUGGACUACAGUGUCCACUCCCUUGCUGAGAUGGGGAAGCCAUUCUCCUUCACUGUUGCCAAGUUUGGGGGAAUGACUCUCCACUUGGCUGCCCACUCGGAAGACGCUCGCAACAGAUGGGGGCAGGUCAUCACACAAGCGGCAGUGGAGGCAGCACAGAAAGAUGAACUCUUAGAAAUUUCUUCACGACGUGUUCAGCAACCACCAGCUUCCAUCACUAUGCCUGACUGCUUUGGCUUCCUGUUCAAGUUAGGGGCACGAUGGCACCAAUGGAAGAGACGAUACUGUGUGCUAAAGGAUGCCUCCCUUUUCCUCUACCAUGAAGCUGAAGCCCAACAAGCCAUUGGAGUGGUGCACCUCCACGGCUAUCGAGUCCAGAGUACCAGCAUAGGUGGCAAGAAACAUGCUUUUGAACUUUUACCUCCAGAACCUAAAUUUAGGCACUUCUAUUUCUACACCGAGUCAGACAGUGACAAGAAGAGGUGGUUGGCAGCCCUGGAAUACUCCAUAGACAGAUGGAUCAAAGUUGGCUGAUCCAAAAUUGAAAGGACUUGGGUUUUGUCAGAUUUGUGCCAGUGGCAUGUGAUGAAGGCACUACAAUUACUAAGUGCAAAGGUUUCUCACAGAUGGUGUACAUUAAUUAAGAAGUUGCUUGGAAUUCAGGUAUUUUUGUAUUUUUAAAUGUGGUCAGAUAUCUGUAGGCUAGGCCAAUCAAAGAUCUAUUUCAGAAUAUUGCUUGUCCCGAAUGCUAGGUAAGGGAUUUUCUGCAACAAUCAAAUACCUAAUAAAAAAAUAAAAGUUUAUAUAAAUAUAUUUUAGACAAGAGUUUCCAGUCCUGUCACAUCCAUCAAUCAGCAAUACAGAAUUUAGUCAUUAUAUACAGUUACACAUAUAGAUAUUGCAUUCAAAUAUGUAAAUAUUUAUGUAUAUUAUUACAAAUAAUAAAGCUUGGUACAUUUUUCUUAACAGCUGUAUGUACUGACAGUUUAUAUCAGGUUGGUAGUGCAUACAUAACCAAGUAUAGAAUACUGCCAUAGGUUUAAUGCUAGAAUUCCUUAUCACAAUUUUUUUAAAGUUGUUUUCAUUUAAUAAAAUGACUAAAUGUGGAACAUAUAGGGAAGACUUAGCUUUGUACUACAGAAUCAUCACAUGCUGAGGAAGCCGACAGACAGACAUAUGUUGUGAGUCAGGAAGAGGGAUGGGUAAUAAUAGCUGUACUGGUGAUGGUUUUAACGAUAUACUUUGUAUGAAUUUUGUAAAGAACGGCACAUAAAGAAUAAUUUUAUAUCACUGCCUUAGACAACAAAAACUAGCUCCAGCAUUUUACCACAGAUACUUAUGACUGUCAUGUUUUUUUUGUUUUUUUUUCUAAUACAGCCUAGAAUUUGGAGUAGUGUCAGUAGAUGAACUUAAAUGCCAGUAAACAAUCUCCUUAUGGUGAUCAUUAUAUCCUUACACAGUUGUCGUAGCUGUCACUGCCUUCUCUGUUUUUUUUUACUGUUACCAGUGAAAUCACAUAAUUUAUGUCGUAUAGCUGCAAAUAGUUCCUGAACACUACAAAAUUCAACAAGUAUAACAGUGAUGCAUGUGGUGAGCUAUUCAGUCUUGAAUUAUUCCCAGCCCCGGGGAACAAUAAUGCUGCAGCAACUCGGCUAACACUAAAGCUGAAUCACGGUACAUAAUAUUGCUAUAUCAAAGAAAAGUGAAUGCAGUGACAUUCAUACACACAAAGAAAAGAUUACCAUAAAGAAAAUUGCUUAAUAAUAUUUAUUUAUAUUUAAUGACACUACUAUACACCCAAAAUCUAGGUCAAAUCAACAUGUUUAUAAACAAUCUAAUUAUGCCAUUGUUGCAAAUGUAUGCUUUCCUUUUUUAAAUGCAAUGAAUACUAUUUUUAACUUAUUUCAAGAAGAUACAAUUCUCCCAGUUUUUAAAUUUCUGGAUUCCAAAUACUCUUGGUGCUGUAAUUUUUCAUAUGAAAGAAUUUUUAUUUCCUUUUGAGUCUUCACAUGAUUGUGAACUUGGAGUCAGGUAUAUACAUUGUUUAAAUGUGCUCAAAUGACAUAUUAUCAUAUUCAGCAUGAAUAAUAUUAGCAACAGCACAGAUGAAGCUGGUGAGGCAGUACUUUUACACUUGCUCACCAAAUAAUUGUUGCUAUUUCUUUCUUGCUGAAGAAUUUUGGUAACAUGGAGCCAUACACUUUGUGUGACAAUCUAGUACCUAAUCUUCAGGAUUAGGAAUCAGAUCUGCUCACUUGACAUAUGCAGCCAACAAUCCAGACACCACAACCAAAGGUGACUGUGGCAUACAUUGCUGGACAUGAAGGUUUAAGGUUUAAAGUUGUCAGGACACAAAUGUGGUGUCAAGUCAGGAUAAAGUCAGGGUGAUGGGUGAAGGCAUAGGUACCUCUUAGCUGAUCCUGUGAUUGCAGUUUUUAACUUAAUGUAUAAAAAGUGAUAGCAUGUAAGUAUAGCAUAUUGACUGAAACAGUAAUCAAGUAACCAAAAAAGGGUACUUAUUCAGAAAACCACUUCAUCCAUCAUCUCAAAACAAAAUAGUACAAAGAAACUCACCUCACCACUUCUAAGACAUCAACACAUUAUGAAAUACAGUAUAUAAUAAAAAUAAUUUAAAACAUCUAGGCUCUAUAAUCUCUAAUGACUGAUUUUUACCACAAAAGCAUCCAACUGAUUUUUACUCCAAAACCAUCCAUUAAAAUAAACAAAAUUAAAGAAUCAAUAAAGCAACACCACAGUAGCUGCCUCUUCCCUUUCCCCACUCCACACCUCCUUAAUCCCUCUGGCCUGCCACCCAUCCAUCAAAUUAUUUUGGCACGAACUUUCAAAUGAGUGGGUAUUUCUUUGUACUGUAUAUAGAAAAUUCUUAGCUUAAAGUGUGCAUUUUUUUUUUUUCUGAAGUGAACCACAAGGAAUUUAGUUACUAUGUGAGUUAUCAUGGAGAGUUAGGAGUACUAGAUCUCAAAUGCUGGUAAGACUGGUACUCCACAUUUCACAUACAAUUUUACAAUGUUUUGGAAGAGCAAAGAGAAGAUAUUUGCCGAUGUAGUCUAGGGCUGCAGUCAAGGUUGAGCCUCCAUGUCUAGCAAUGCAGGCCAAUAAGCCUUCCAUCAAGAAUACAGCAGUGACUAAGCAUCUUCUGUGCAUCAUUUGAGAUGCCUUGAUAAGGUACAGGAAAUGCUGUAAUUUCUACACACACAAUUUACAGCCUCUGUACUGGUGGUUGUGCAUGCCACUCAGUGGUCAAGGGUGAGUCACAACUACAGACUCAGUAUUGUCAUGUUGAUAGUUGAUUGUUUGACUGACUUUUUUAAAUAAAUGAAGUGAACAGAAUCCUAGGAAGUGACAGUACACUGAUUCCCAUUUCAGUAGAAAUAAUUCCAUUGAAUGUAAAAAAUGCACAAACGCACAUCUCAAAAGUGGCAACUUGAGUCAUAAUGUAAUGCAUCUUAUUACUUUGCCUUGGUGAGUAGUGGCCAGGCACAUUUUUUGUUAUGAUGAUAGGCAGACAAUGCUAUGGCAAUACAUAAUAAUUGUGAUAUAUGUCAAAUACCAUAUUUUUAUAUACAGGUAUUACAAUACACUGAUACCAAUCCACAGUAUGGAAGAUAAAUGUCAUAAAGACCAUGCUCUCACAAAUAUCAUUUCCUCCUACAUUGUCUUG